UACCUCCAUGCGGCGCAAAGUUUGGUUCCUCUGAAAACCCUAACAACUCACACAGACGCAGAGGCAGAGCUUGAUCGAAGAUGGUGCAGCGUCUCACCUACCGCAGGCGUCACAGCUACGCUACCAAAUCCAACCAGCACCGUGUUGUCAAGACCCCCGGUGGGAAACUCGUUUAUCAGACCACUAAGAAGAGGGCCAGUGGACCCAAAUGCCCUGUUACUGGCAAGAGGAUUCAAGGGAUUCCACACUUGAGGCCUACUGAGUACAAAAGAUCCAGGUUGUCCAGAAACCGUAGGACUGUGAACCGAGCAUAUGGCGGAGUUUUAUCCGGAGGUGCUGUCAGGGAAAGGAUUAUUCGGGCUUUCUUGGUUGAAGAGCAAAAGAUUGUGAAAAAGGUCUUGAAGAUUCAGAAGGCAAAAGAAAAGCUUGCCUCUAAGGCAUGAAUUUAAACAACUUGAUGAGAUGAAGAUCUUUUUGGAGGACUUUUAGGUUCGGGUGAUUACAGUAAUCCCAAAUUUUAUUAGAGUUGUUCCCAUGUUAGUUGUGCUUAUUUGCCUUGUUUGAACUCUAUCUAGAGAAAUUGUGUGCUUUGCCGACGAUUCCAUUUUGAUACAGUUUUGUUUGUCCUAAUUUGCUCGCUGGUUUACUGGUUUCAUUUUGUUGCUAUAUAUUAAAAUAGUACUUGUAAUUUCAAUGCACUUGGAGAUUUUGAUA